UCGACUGCAGUCGGCUGCAGUCGGCUUCAACAAUACUAAUUCCCACCCGUCCUAAUAAUAGUGUUUUAGAGAACAAACAGUGUUGUACAGAAACUAGUGAAUUAAAAUUAGCCCGAGGAUAGAACCACGUGAAAGACUCCAAAGCCGGCUUGACUGAUGAAGCUGUAACCGGCUAAUUAAAAAAAGACACUAAAUUGGAAGUCACCGCCCAACAAUACUGGCAGUAUUACAACAAUUCACUCAACAGACUGAACCGAACCUAGUCCGACCUUCCCCAACUUUUGACUGCGAGGAAUACUAAUUUCUGAUCGCUGAAGAGUGACGGAUUAAUUUAACAAAGUGCGAUAUAGCAGUGAAGUCACGUUGCUGAUUAACCCGAUUUGGAUUAUUCCCUUGGAUGUGGAAUCUGGGUUAUCUACGGAUUAGACCAGUGAAGAUAAAACCGGAAUAAGAGGAUCACCUUAUCUGGUUCUUGAAGAAACUUCAUCUGGAACCUGGUGCAGAAUCUGGACUAUGGAGUUGUUAGACCAGGCUAUUGAAGGGCUAUCUGGCAUAUCUGGUUAAUUAAAUUAAUUAACGUUUAGCUCCAGGGAAGAGGUCUUCAUCUGGACCGAAUUAUCAAAGUGUACCAGCCAAUUGGAUCAUAAAAGACUCUGCCACCUGAUAUCGGAUUCCACGGAACAUUUCCUCGCCUAGGCCCGGAUUAGAUAGAUACCGCGAUUGUGCACAAUCUAGUUUAUCAUUAAAUCCGACCAACUAAUUCAGUGGAGCCGGUCGAAAUAAUCGAGCGAUCCUUUGCCUGAUCUGGGUCACUAGGACGACCUUCUGGCUUACCGGGAGAGCACCUCUCGUUUUGAAAUCCUGAGCCUCGACUCGUGAUGACCGUGAGACGGAAAUCAGGUGUCGAUACUUCCCAGUAUCAGCGAACCGUCUACCUCUAUCAGGAUCCCCAGAGCCUGUCCGGCCGUGUCGCUAUGGAAUCGAUGGGUCAAUCGAUCGAUAAGGCCACUCGUCCCGCUGAUAAGACUCAGUCACCUGCCGCCAAACUUGGCCGAAAUUUCGACUAGUGAUACCUUUCAAAGAAUCCGGUAGACGAAGAUACUAUGCACCGCCUCGUGGGUCUUCUUCUCGUCUAUCUAACCGGAAUGGUCCACACCGCGGAGAUAAUCCCGGUGCCUCUGAACGGCUCAAAGAUAUUACCUUCGCACAGGGAUCUGCCUCUUGUUGGAAAAUGCUGUCCCGUGGGCGAGAUCCUGACGAGAGGCAGGGAUGGAAAACCAAUUUGCCUGCCUUUUUCGAAAACGAAUUCCUCGGCCAUCCGCAGUUUUUCUCCGCUUUUCGGAGAUUUCAACCAGACUGGCGUCGUCGCUCCUGGAGAACAACGAGAGCUCUUCGUGGCCAUCAUUGGAGAUCCUUGCAAGUUCCAGAGAUACAUGUUGGCACCGGAAGAGAGCUCGAUGGAUCAAUAUUACCUGUUGCUCAAUGGAUCCAUAUUCGCUCCAAGCCAUGUUCCAAAAAUGCUCCAUCCUGGAGUCGACUACUGUAUGGAAGUGGUCCCUAAAAUGGGCAUCAGAGUCCUCGUGUGCUUUCCUGAAGAAGGUGAACCGGUGAACGACUCCAGAAUCAUCUUCUACGCUUGCGGCUUGCUGAUCUCUGUGCCCUUUUUGAUCCUGACAAUAGUGGCAUAUUCCAUUACUCCGAGACUGAGAGAUGUCUACGGUAAAGCGCUUUGUCACUAUUGUGGCUGCCUAGCAGUGGCUUUUACUUCCUUGGCCAUCGCACAACUUGGCAGUGGCCACAUCUCCGACAGUUUCUGCGUAUCAAUCGCCUUCGUCAUCCAGUUCUCCUUCGUGGCGUGUUUCUUCUGGCUGAACGUGAUGUGCGUAGAGACGUGGUUGUUAGUGCGUCGCCACGUCCGCCGGGAUUCCAGUGCAAGGAUGCACCCCAGAAGAUUGUUCUUCUACUACUCCAUCUGGGCCUGGACCCCCCCAGCUCUUCUGAUCCUGGUGUCCAUGGCAAUGGACCUGAGCCCCACGGUUCCCACAACCUACGUGAAGCCCAACUUCGGCGAACAAAGCUGCUGGUUCAAGUCCGACAUGGAAGCGAUGCCGUAUUUCUACGUACCCGUUGGCUUCCUGGUGUUGGGGAACUUCGUCCUCUUCACCCUAACAGCAGUCAAGAUCGCGAGUUAUCAGCGUGACCUUGAUCUUAGACGCCUCGCAAGGAACCAGGAGUCCGACCGCGAAGAGCAGAGGCUCUUCAGGAGAUUGAAGCGGACUUUCUUCAUGUGCUUGGGACUGUUCUUCCUGAUGGGCAUCAACUGGGCCAUGGAGCUCAUUUCCUGGUGGGCUGGGGGCGAUGCUCUGGCGUGGUCAGCCUUCGACAUGGUCAACGCUCUCCAGGGAGUCCUCGUCUUCGGGCUCUUCGUCCUCCGGAAACCCGUCAGGGACCUUAUUUGGUACAGGAUACAAGUUAUCCGGGGAAUCAACGUGGUUGAGCCGGAUAUCGAAAGCAUGGAUCUCAGGCUACUUCCGGUCGCCACGGAUUCUCUGCCCAGGCAGAGGCUGGAACGAUGAGUAGAGGUCCAGCGAAGCGACCCAAAAUGUGCUUAGACUGUGUAACUAUUCGUCCAAGUUUCGUUAACUGUUCAGGAUGCUUCGAGAGGUAGCUCGAAUUUCUCGCCCAAUCCUGAAACUUACUCGGAACUUGCAUUGUCUUAAUAUUAAUAUUAAUCCAUUCUGUACUGUUCUGUGUUAGGAGACGUGGUUUUUGUUACUCGAUGGCUUCCAGUGUUUCACGCCGUGAAAGUCCCAAUCUGUUGAGUGUUCCCUUGGGAAAGAAUUCUUUGCUCUGCCGUCUGACAAUCCGAAUCAACUGGUAAUCGCGUAAAGUCUAAGAAGAGUAGACAUCGUUCUCAGAGAAAUCAUUUAUUUAAAAAUCAUCCUUGAUGUCCAUAAAGUUACCCCGGUAAAUAAGUUCAUUCAUUACUAUAGAAUCCAUUGCUCUAUUUCAUUAUCAUUGAGAUGUAAUUAAAUCAUGUGGAAUUUAAUUCAAAUCGUGCGUACCCUGUUUACUGGCGAAAGGGAACUUAGCUUACUCGUUAACUCAAUUUGCUAGCAUACAGCAAUGAGUGUACAUACACAAAUGUCAAAGACAGCAGAAAAUCACAUUUUGGACGAAAAUAUGCGUGGAUGCUAGAAGCAAAAUCUGGUCACCUACUGUUGCGGAAGAGGCCGAUUUUCGUGUAAAAACCAAAUAACGUUACAGCGUAAGCAACGUCUGUUCCUACACCUUGCUUCCUAUUUAGUUUACUCGUCCUAGACUCGACAUCAAACGGAAUCGCCUCUAGUAUGAGCCACAUUGUAAUGUGAAAACUGCCACUGUGACAUUGCAAUUUACAAUUGCAAUUGCGCAGGCUAUUACUGGCACGACCAGUAUAUCCGAAUCGAAUAACAUUAAAGUGUUAAGAAAUUAACAACAGGCCGUUUAAAUGGUCCUCGCAGCUUCGGAUUUCGCCGAUUAACGCAUCGCGAGCUCGAAACUCUCGCUUAUUUAUAUCAUACAUAAUAAAUUAUUGAAACAAGUAUUACGA